UGUUUAAUUUACCCGCGUGCGCGCUUCUGUGAAUGGAAUUAAUCGUCUCAGGCUGAAUGUGGCGACCGUUGAGAUUCUGCAAGAAGGCGAUGUUGUGCCAUCCUCUUGUCCUCAUCCAGUUACUCUGGCUCGGCUUGUUUGUUGUCUGGGGUAACGCUGUUGCUGGGGACGAUGUCAGAACACAUUCAGCUCUCAAUAGCCCUGUGUAGGAUUGGCUUUUACACGUGUCUCCAGAAGUUGUGCUGUAUGACCCCCCCUCCUCCUAGACCAGAGUAUGAUCUCGUGUGCAUUGGACUGAGUGGAGCCGGCAAGACCAGUCUGUUAUCUCGCUUGUGCAAUGAGAUCAGUGAUGGCACAGUACCAACUGCAGGUUUCAGCAUCAAGGCAGUGCCAUUCGAAAAUGCAAUACUGAAUGUGAAGGAACUAGGAGGAGCUGAGACCAUCAAGAAAUACUGGAGUCGAUAUUAUCAAGGUUCCCAAGGUGUGGUGUUUGUCCUCAACAGUGCUGCGUCAGAUGAAGAGAUGGAGGCGUCCAGGUCUGAGCUCCAUUUGGCCAUGCAGCAUCCUCAGCUGUGCACCCUUCCUUUCCUCAUUCUCGCCAACCACCAGGAUUCACCAACUGCCCGCUCUGUAUCGGAGAUACAGAAGUACUUUGAAUUGCAGCCACUGGCCCGAGGAAAGCGAUGGAUUCUUGCAGGCAGCACAACGAACAACAUGGAGACUGUGAAGGAGAGUUUUAGUCAACUCAUCAGCCUUUUGGAAGAGAAGGAGGUGCUACCUAGCAGGAUAUGAUUCAAUCAAACUUCAAAGUGAAGAGUGGGUUUGAAGUGUUGUUUGCUAAAAGGAAUUUUUUGGACUUGUUCGUCAUUGUUUUAUAACCCACUGGAGACAUAGAUGCAAAUAGCCACAUGUUUUGACGAGCUGACCGACAUAAUCGUUACCCUCAGGGCCACACAUAUGCUGAUUUAGUAGCAGGUGAGCCAAAGUCCUUUAAAGAGAUCAGAUUUUUACCCCUUAUUUGUAAACGUAAUAAGCUAUUUGAUUAGCUAGUGUCCAUUGCACUCAUCAUUCCUUCUUCCAUGUAGAGAAUGUUAGAAUGUU